AUGGAGCCAGAGUUGGAUUGUGAGUCCGAGAGGCUGCCUGAGUCCAGCCAGGCAGGACAAGAAGCCGGCGGUAGCUGCCUGCCAGUCGCCCUGACAGUUUCCCGGCUCUCAGCCCCACAGGGUCCAUGGACAGGAGUGGCCAUGAGGCCUUGCCCAGAGGAGCACUACUGGGACGCCCUGCUGAUCACCUGCGUCAACUGCAAGUCCAUCUGCAGCCGUCGGAGCCAACGCAUCUGUGCGGCAUUCUGUAACUCACUCAGGUGCCACCAGGAUCCAGGCAGGUACUAUGACCAUCUUCUGAACGACUGCGUCAGCUGUGCCUCCACCUGUGGACAGCACCCCCAGCAGUGUGCCCCCUUCUGUGAGAACAAGCUCAAGGGAUGGCGCCACGUGAACGUUUCUCCAGAGCUCCGGUGGCAGAGGAAUGGGGAGGCUGGAGCCAAGCAGAACGACUCAGGGAGGUACCAGGGGCCAGAGCCCAGAGGCUCGGAGGAAGGCUCAGUGCCCCAAGGACUGAGGCUAAGUGGGGGCCAGCUGGCCCUAGUCUACACCACGCUGGGGCUCUGCUUCUGUGCCGUCAUCUGCUGCUUCCUCGUGGCGGCGGCCUGCUUCUUCAAGAAGAGAGGGGGCCGGUGCUCCUGCCAGCUGCCCGCCGAGUCAGGCCACACUCAGGCGGAUUCUUCACAAGAUCAUGUGAUGGAAGCUGGAAGUGCUGGCGGCAGGACUCCGGAACCAGUGGAAACCUGUAGCUUUUGCUUCCCGGAGCAGAGGGCACCCACCGAGGAAAGCUCAGGGGGCCACAGGGGACAGGGCCUGCCGGCACAGAGGUGGUGGCCCCUGCCGGGAACCGCAUCCAUGCUGCCUUCCUCCAGCAAUCAGGGCAUUGGCCUGAAGAUCAUAUGUGCUCCUUCCCAGGAAAGGGGCCCCACCACGUAGAGCUGUGGGCUGCGAUAGACACA